AUGAAGGACGUUGUGAUUAAUGUGAUUCCUAAAAUGCAAACAACUACGUUUGUUACUUCUGAUCCUAAGAAUUUUGAUUUUAUUGGUUCUAUUCCAGAAGUAAUGUUGGCUAGGGUUCUUCUAGAUAACGAUAUCAUUAAGGCUUACUGGACAUUGCAAGCUACUGGUGGUGUUCCCAAGAAACAGAAGCAACAAAAAAAGCAAAAGUAUAAGCGAACUGUGAUUAAUGCAGAUUCUGAUGAUCAAACUCAAAGCAAGGUUAUGGGAGAAGAUUGUUUUGUUCAUGAAGAAGAUACGACAUAUACUUCCGAAGUCCCUUUUAAGACUUUUGAACCAAUUGCUUCUAAUGAAAUUCUGAAAGUCUCUACACCGUUAUCGACUCCACCUGAGUCUGAUGUUAAUGAAAACAUUUUGAAAGAACCCAUCAUUAAUCUUUCUCAAACUCCAACACCACCACUUCUGAUAUCGACAUCCGUACCGAUUGAAUCUUCCAUUCCACGUAUUCCAAAAUUAGUUUUGGAACCAACAUCCACUGUUCAAACCACUUUGCCAUUUCAAUAUCCGAUAUUCACCAAUUCCACAACAACUCCUAUAGUGUCUUAA